GAGGGAGGAAAACUUCUUCCUGGCCUGGGCUCUGGGGCCCAUCUGUUUGCCAACCCUCCAAUCCCGCCUACCGGUGCCCGGCAUUUCCCCACCCCCAGCCCCACACCCCCCCAGUGUCCGCCAUGGCCAAAGCCUACGACCACCUCUUCAAGUUGCUGCUGAUCGGAGACUCGGGGGUGGGCAAGACUUGUCUGAUCAUUCGCUUUGCAGAGGACAACUUCAACAACACUUACAUCUCCACCAUCGGAAUUGACUUCAAGAUCCGAACUGUAGACAUAGAGGGGAAGAAGAUCAAACUGCAAGUCUGGGACACUGCUGGUCAAGAGCGAUUCAAGACGAUAACAACCGCCUAUUAUCGUGGAGCCAUGGGUAUUAUCCUAGUAUACGACAUCACCGAUGAGAAAUCCUUCGAGAACAUUCAGAACUGGAUGAAGAGCAUCAAAAAGAAUGCCUCGGCUGGAGUGGAACGCCUCUUGCUGGGGAACAAGUGUGACAUGGAAGCCAAGAGGAAAGUGCAGAAGGAGCAGGCCAAUAAGUUGGCACGGGAGCAUGGAAUCAGGUUUUUCGAGACAAGCGCCAAAUCCAGCGUGAAUGUGGAUGAGGCCUUCAGUUCCCUCGCCCGGGACAUCUUGUUCAAGUCCGGAGGCCGGAGAUCGGGAAACAGCAACAAGCCCUCCAGCACUGACCUGAAAACAUGUGACAGGAAGAACACCAACAAGUGCUCCCUGGGCUGAGGCCCUGCCUGCCUCCCCACCCUGAGCCCGGAGGCUGGACCUGAGGGAGGCAGGGGUGAGGGGCUGGGCAGCGGAGAAACAGCUGAUGGGGCUUGGGGGGUAAAUGGGUAGAUGGCAGGGAGAAUGAGGAGAAAAUGGAGAAGAAAAAAAGGAAGGGGAGAGAAGGAAAAGAGGUAGACUAGAGAGAGAAAGAAAAACAGGGAGAAAGGAGGGAAGAAUGAGGAAGUGAAAGAAGGUAAGAAGGAGGUAGGAAGAGAGGGAGGAGGGAAGGCUAGAUGGCUCCAGACCAGACUGCCCUGGGUUUCCAGGGCAAACCUAAAUGUAAAUAUAUUGAUUUAUUCUGUUUCUGAAUCAGGUUUUAGGGUCUUGUGAGUGGCUGGCCCUGUACCACCCUAUGAAGGUUUGGUCCUAUCCUGUCACUCUGCAUGGUCUUUCUCAGUAUUAAAGGCCAGUAUUUGCACAAA